AAGUUCACUUAUCGGCUCAAACCCCUCACCCAUGCUUUGGGAACGCUUAGACUGAGUGCCCAGCUGAGCCAACUCGGCCCGCUGAUCUCGCCGGCUGUGUAAGCACGUGGAGCUGCUGCUAGAGGUGCUUCUGGAAGUGCUGACGCUGGACGCGAGGAUUGCCCAAACACAUGCAGUUUGGACUCCAACCUGGCCUCCAACCUGGCCUGGUGAAUGGGGGCAUCCAAGCCAAAGCAGGCCUGCCAAUGCCUGCGAUGAGCCCAGGCCUGGGCAUGCAGGGCCUAGCGCGGCCACCGCUGGUGGGAGUCAGCUUGGGUGGCCUGCCUCCUUUGCAAGGCAUUCAAGCCCUGCCUGGCGCUCUGCCGGUGGCACCCCUGGGAGUCCAGGCAGCGGGCCUCGUGCGGCCUCCCCAGCCGCCGGCUGCGCCCGCGAGGCCGCCAGCCACGGCUGCGAUCGCCGCGUCGACAUCCAAAGCCCCUGCCCCUGCAGUUGAGAAGGAGAUCCAGAAGCCGCCGCCAGCCAACGCGGAAGCCGUGAAGGAUGGCGCCGACGAGAAGACCAAAGAGGAGGAGGAAAAAGCUGCAAAGGAGGCCUUAGAGAAGGAAAAGAAGAACAAGGAGGCGGCAGAGGCGGUGGAGAAGAAGGAUGAGAAGGAGAAGACGAACCACAAGGAUAAAACCGAAGAGCGGGGGAAGUCUGAAGCUGAGCGAAAGCGGAAAAGGGACGAAGAAAGGGAGGAGCGAGAGAAGGCAGUUUCUCGGCAUUACCGCACCAGUCGCAGAGAAAGGGACCGGGACGGACGGGUCCGCGACAGAGAGAGGGACAUCGAGAAGGAGUACAACUACCGCCUCCGCGAGUUCGAACGGAGCGAGGACAAGAGGAUUAGGAACUUGAAGCAGGACUUGCGAGACCUGGAGCCAGCAGCGGAACCUACUGACCGUGAGAAGCGAAAAUUCGCGGACCGGGACCUUGACUUCAGAGACUCGGAUGUCAAGGAGUGGAAGAGACGCCGCGAGGACCGGGAGAAGGAUCGCAAGCGGGAGCAAGAGAAGGACGCCGCAGAUCGGAUUGCGGAGAAGGAGGAGGCCGAGGAGGCCAAGCGGAAGAAGAAGGAGGAGGAGGAAAAGAAAAAACGGGAGAAGGAGGAGGCGGAGGAGAAGGCCAAAAAGGAGGCGGAAGAGGCUGAAAGGAAAAAGAAGGAGGAGGAAGAGAAGAUCAAGGAGGAAGCAGAUAGGAAAGUGCGCGAGGAGAAGGAGGCAAAGGACAGGGAAGAACAGGAGGCUCGAGAGAAGGAGCAGAAGAAGCAGCAGCAGGAUGCAGCAGCCAAACUGUUGCAGUCUGUGCAGGCAGAGAUCAUGAGCGCUCCAGCGCCGGCUCCAAAGGCAUCCCCGCCAGCGCAUGUUCAGGCGCUGUUCAAGGAGCCUGAGGAGUUAGAUGCCAAUGGCCAGCCUCGCAAGCACAAGCCGCUGACGCGGCUUGAUGGGCCUCCAGCGGAGGAGAGAAAGCUUAGGGAUGACGAGAUGCGUCGGCUGAUUCAGCAGGUUCCCACAGACAAAGCAAGAGCUUUUGCUUUUGACAUCGACUGGGAUGCUGUGCAUGGCAACAACAUCAUAGAGAAGAAGCUCCGACCCUGGGUGAAGAAGAAGGUGACAGAGUUCUUGGGCAACGAGGAGCAGGGAAUGAUAGAGUUUAUCCUGAAGAAGGUGACUGCACACACCAAGCCAGAUCUCAUCUUGGCAGAGCUCGAAGGGUUUUUGGACGAGGAAGCCGAGAACUUCACGCUGAAGAUGUGGCGAAUGCUCAUUUUUGAGGUUCUUCGCGUGAAGGCAAGGUAGACAACUCUCACCCAGGUUUAUGACUUGCCAUCUCACCCCUUUCUGGACAAUUGCCGCCGGUGAGGGGCUCACAACUUUCGCACCGUACUAUAUGGAAAGGGUGACAAAGGAGAUGCUCGAGGUGAACUUCCGGGGUGGAGCUGCGGGGGCCAGACGUGGCGCUUGAGCCGCAACCUGAGGGUACCAUGGCUUUGCUCGAAGUCAGUUUGCAGACCGCAUGCACUGGUU